AUGCCUCAGCUCAAUCCAGACCCCUGAUUUGUUAUCCUAAUUUUCACAUGAACUGUUUUCCUGACAAUUUUGCCAAAUAAGAUUACUUUUUAUAAAAUUCCAAACGAGCCAUUAAACUCAGACCCAUUAGGCUCCAAUAUAGACACCUGAUCCUGACCAUGAUACUAA